GACGGAACUGAAUCUCCUGGACGCUCGUUGCAGACGUUCUGUUUUUGCAGGCGGACAUGAUAGAAUAGUGUAUGAUGUCGUUUAACAUUUAAUGUCUGUUUUUUUUUUUCCAGUAAUAUCUUGAAGGAUUUUUGAAAGAUGACCCCCCUACUGACAAAGGCGUUGUUUGUAAGAAACGAAAAGGUGUUACAGCAGGCUGUCUCUGUGUUUAGGCUAGCAGUUUCAAACCCUCGUCCAGUUAUAGGAUGUGUCUUACAGAGCAGCGAGAGGCAAUACCGGUCCAUGCCAACCCAUGGUAUUGGCAGGUAUAAGUACCUGCUGCCCAAAGAAGUGCCCAAAAAGAAGAAAGAAAAGCUCCAGGUGAAGGCAAUCAAAACUGGAACAGACAUGGAGUAUGGAGUGCUGAAUGUGCAAGUGUCCGGACAUGACAUGACCAUUGUUGAGCAUUACUCUCAGUAUGUUCAUAACCUCUGUAACCGGCUCAAGAUUAAAGUGGAUGAAAGCUAUGCAUUACCAACAAAAUGCACUGAAGUAAUGCUGCUGCAAGAACAGGGCACCAAGAUGUUUGCCGAUGCUGUUCUCAGCACACAUGGAAGAAUUGUGCAGCUGAGUGGUUUAAGUUCUACUCUGGCUCCGAUCUUUCUGGAGGUCCUUCUGAGAAAUCAACCAGAGGGAGUGCAGCUCUCUAUAAAGGAGCACACUGAGGCUGAUUUCUAUGCCCGGUUCAAGGCUCGUCCAGAACUCGAAGAGUUAAUAGCACAAAUAAACUGAGAAAACGGACGCUGGCAGGUCAGAGUUCAGCCAUAUAUGCUGACCUUUUGAAGGGGAAGGAGUCCAUACAAUCAAUAUACUUCUUUUCCAGGAUCCAUGGCAUGUCUGUCCACAUGCCAAUUAGUUGUACAUUUAAUAAAAUGGGGAAAACAUUA